AUGGGAAUUGAUCUGCGUACGCGGUCCCAUGCGUUUGAGAAAAUAGUUAAAGACAACGACUAUCGUGGAGUUUGGGCAACCAUUGAUGAGCCGAUGAGGAGGGCCUUCUUAAAUGACUUUGUUAACGUGCCCCAAACUCCGUUUACAUUCCAGGUUCCUAAUCCUUAUAGACAGCCUUCUCAAAACUUCUCGCAGGACUGUGUAAGCGCAAUUGACGGAACUCAUAUACCUUGUACACCGAUUGGUGUUUCAAAUCCUAUGGCGUAUCGAAAUAGGAAGGGUGUGAACUCCCAGAACAUAUUGACAGCCUGCUCAUUUGACAUGAAGUUCAUGUACUUGCUAUCUGGUUGGGAAGGUUCAGCGCACGAUGAACGAGUACUCACGGAUGCACUCUCCAAUCCUAGGUUUAAGUUCCCACGUCCCCCUCCAGGAAACUACUAUCUUGUUGAUGCGGCCUACGUGAACAAUGAUUGUUUUCUCACUCCCUACAGGGGUGAGACUUACUAUUUGCCUGAUUAUAGAAGGAGUAGUGAUGGAUUUCAGGGAGCUAGAGCUAUUUUUAACUACAAAGAUUCGUUCAAACGCUUAGCAUCCAGAGUGGUCAAUUGCUUCAACUGCUCGCGCUCAGCCAGCAACUCACUCCUCUCCUUUGCAAGCAGCGAGCAGCAGUCAGAAAGAAACAUCACCAUUUGA